CGCUCACUCCCUCCCUCCGCGGCCGGGUCACAUGACGGCGGGCCUCUUUCGCCUGCCGGCUUCCCCUCAGCCGCGGCGAUGGCGAACGUCUCGAAGAAGGUGUCCUGGUCCGGCCGGGAGCGGGAGGCCGAGGGCCGCGGGGAGGGCACGCCCCUCCUGCUCAACGGCGCCAGAGGGAGGCAGCUUUCAUCCUCCUCCUCCUCUUCGCGGCUUGGAGGCCUGAGCAACGUGGACCUCAGUGAUGACCAGGAACCGGAAGCAGAUGCCCCAAGGCCCUUUCCCCAUGAGAUCCCACACAGUGAGAAGCUGCUCUCUCUCAAGUAUGAGAGCUUGGAUUAUGAUAACUGUGAAAACCAGCUGUUCCUGGAGGAGGAGAAACGGAUCAACCACACGGCUUUCCGGACAGUGGAGAUCCGGCGCUGGGUCAUCUGCGCCAUGAUUGGCAUCCUGACUGGCCUGGUGGCCUGCUUCAUUGACAUUGUGGUGGAAUACAUCGCUGGGCUGAAGUACAAGGUGGUCAAGGGCAAUAUUGACAAAUUCACCCAGACGGGCAACUUGUCCUUCGCGCUGCUGCUCUGGGCCACCCUUAAUGCGGGCUUUGUGAUGUUGGGCUCCGCAAUUGUCGCCUUUGUUGAGCCAGUUGCAGCCGGGAGUGGAAUCCCCCAAAUCAAGUGCUACCUUAAUGGGGUCAAGAUCCCGCACGUGGUCCGACUGAAGACGCUGGUGGUCAAGGUCUGCGGUGUGAUUUUCUCGGUGGUCGGCGGCCUGGCAGUCGGGAAGGAAGGCCCCAUGAUUCACUCUGGCGCGGUCAUCGCGGCAGGCAUUUCCCAGGGACGGUCCACUUCCUUAAAGAGAGACUUCAAGAUCUUCGAAUAUUUCCGGAGAGACACGGAGAAGCGGGAUUUCGUCUCAGCCGGAGCAGCUGCCGGUGUCUCAGCCGCCUUUGGGGCCCCAGUGGGUGGUGUCCUUUUCAGCUUGGAGGAAGGCGCGUCCUUCUGGAACCAGUUCCUGACAUGGAGGAUUUUCUUUGCCUCCAUGAUCUCCACCUUCACCUUGAACACCAUCCUCAGCAUCUACAAAGGGAACCCCUCCGACCUCUCCAGCCCCGGACUCAUCAACUUCGGACAGUUCGAUUCUGAGAAAAUGGGAUACACCAUCCAAGAGAUCCCGAUUUUCAUCUUUAUGGGGGUCGUGGGCGGCAUCGUUGGUGCCAUGUUCAAUGCCUUGAACUACUGGCUGACCAUGUUCCGAAUCAGGUACAUCCACCGCCCAGCACUGCAGGUGAUCGAGGCAGUGCUGGUGGGGGCGGUGACGGCAGCUGUGGCCUUUGUCAUGAUCUACACCUCCAGUGACUGCCAGCCCCUGCAAGGCGACAGCAUGGCCUACCCACUCCAGCUCUUCUGCCCCGACGGCGAAUACAACGCCAUGGCAGCCGCCUUCUUCAACACCCCCGAAAAGAGUGUUGUUCGGCUCUUCCAUGACCCCCCAGGGACUUACGACCCCAUGACCCUGGGCAUGUUCACGCUGGUGUACUUCUUCCUGGCCUGCUGGACCUAUGGGCUGACUGUCUCGGCCGGCGUCUUCAUCCCCUCCCUGCUCAUUGGGGCCGCCUGGGGCCGGCUCUUCGGCAUCUCCCUCUCCUACAUCAACAGCGGAUGGAUUUGGGCCGAUCCUGGGAAAUACGCUCUGAUGGGAGCCGCAGCGCAGCUGGGGGGGAUCGUGCGGAUGACGCUGAGUCUGACGGUCAUUAUGAUGGAGGCCACCGGCAACGUCACCUACGGCUUCCCCAUUAUGCUGGUCCUGAUGACAGCCAAGAUUGUGGGGGAUUAUUUUGCGGAGGGCUUGUAUGAUAUGCACAUCCAACUGCAGAGCGUGCCUUUCCUCCAUUGGGAGGCCCCCGUCACCUCCCACUCCUUCACCGCCAGAGAAGUGAUGAGCACCCCGGUCACUUGCCUGCGACGGAUCGAGAAAGUGGGCACUAUCGUGGACGUCCUCAGCGACAGGACCUCCAACCACAAUGGUUUCCCGGUGGUCGAAGGCGUCCCUGGACACGAACAGAUGGCGGGUUUGCGGGGCCUCAUCCUGCGCUCCCAGCUGAUCGUUCUCCUCAAGCACAAGGUCUUUGUGGAGCGGGCUAACCUGAGCCUGGUGCAGCACCGGCUGAAGCUGAAGGACUUCCGGGAUGCUUACCCCCGCUUCCCACCCAUCCAGUCCAUCCAUGUCUCCCAGGAUGAGCGCCAGUGCAUGAUGGACCUCUCCGAAUUCAUGAACCCCUCGCCCUACACCGUGCCCCAGGAGGCCUCUCUGCCGCGCGUCUUCAAGCUCUUCCGGGCCCUGGGUUUGCGGCACCUUGUGGUGGUGGACAAGCACAACCAGGUGGUGGGCAUGGUAACCCGGAAGGACCUGGCCCGUUACCGCCUGGGCAAGGAAGGCAUCGAGGAGGUGCCCUUAGCGCAGACGUGACCCUGUCCUUGGCACCCUAGACCUCUCCAUACCACAGAGGCCUUUGGGGAGAACUGCUGAAGAAGAGGAUGAGGCCGUGGGGGCAUCUUCUCCCUGAUCCCUCCCAAAAAAACCCUUUUCUUGGUUCUCUUUGGCUCAAUUCUCUUCUUAAUUUCUCUUCCUUUGGGACACUCAGCUGGAAUUGGGUCCAGGGCAAGGCCUACUACUACGUCUCCUAGAGAGGGAUGAGCAGUCGCCUCAUUGACCCAACUCUUCUCUUUUCUGGAGGGUCUUCUUUGCUUCCUUUAAAUAGGCUUUGCCCCAGUUCUCACCAAUUGUGCCUUCUAAGAUCGGACUCCCCAGUUUGGACAAUUUAGGGGUCUGAGCUGGUGAAUUCACCAGGAAAAAUACUGCGAUAUUCAGGACUCAGUUGUGUGUCGCACGGAUUUGCAUGCAGAGCGGGAGACACACGCCUUCACCUCCUUCAGCUCCAUCUGCAGCACUUGUAGAAGUUACAGGGUUUUUAAAAAAACUCCCAUCAUCCUACAGUCAGGCGUUGCAGCCCAGAAAAAAGAAAAAUCAAGAAAAUGCACUUUCCUGAGUAUUUUGCGCCGUUGGAGGCAGAGAGACCGGUUUCUGACACUUUGCGAAGGAUUACGACUUUGUUAUGGAAAUAAUUGUUGCUGAAAUAAAAACCCAAGCUAUUUAUACUUUU